AUGAUUCGAAAAACGUACAAAAAUUUCAACGACCCCCGAGACAGCAAUAAAACGUUGAACCUGUGCUUCCUGGUUCACUCGAGUUACUACACAACGUUGGAGUUGGAGGAAGAAGAUUUGAUAAACAGUGAAAUACGACACAACUUCCUGAAGAUCGCAAGAAAAAUUAAUUUAUAUGAAAAAACAGAACCACAGAGAAAUUACAAAAAAACAGAUAACCUAGCCAGAGAGCUAAGCUAUGUCAAGAGCUGGGAACUAUUAAAACACACGUAUAAAUUUAAGAUACCCAUUUUAUUUCAAAAUAUAGAGAAAUUUAAUUUGCACGACAAUGAGGUGAUUAAUUAUUUUUCGAUAAAUUACUAUGCGAGGGAAAAGCAUUUAGUGAGGAAUAAAACAAUGGCAACAGUACAUAAAGACAGGUGCUUUAUCCUAGACACGGAUAUGAUUUACUCCAUGACCCCAGAGUACAUUGCCAGGAAUAUUGGGCAAAGCAUAAUACCAAUGGAGAAGAAAGAAUUUAGGCGGAGGACGAAGGUUAGAAGGGACACAGCGCUGCCUUUGUGUGAAAGGAAGAAGAGGCGUUACAAUGAAAAUGAGUUGGUGCGGAAAGACACCGGAGAGGGGGGGUCGUUCGAAGAGCUGGUGCUUAGCGAUGAGGGCAAACACGUUGGUGAGAAGGUGACACGGAGGGAGGAAGCAGAUCAGGCAGAACUAGUGAAAGUGGACGAAGAGGGCAAAAUGGGAGAAGUACCGGUAACACACGGGCAGACAAGGGGGGAGGCCCCCUCGAGUGCGCCCAAUCCAACCAAAAAGGUGAAUUCAGACAAAGUGCUAAUUUACCUGGACCCCUUUUGCGGGGCUGGCGGAAAUAGCCUAGAUAUGUCGAACGUUUUCACCAUCUCCUCAGAUAUCGAACUGGUGCGAGUGAAGGAAUGCCAACAUAAUUGCAAAUUUUAUAAUAACAACGUAGACUUUAUUGUGUGUGAUUUUUUUAAAUUAGUAAAUUCAUUUAGGGAAAAUACAAUAGAUGUAGUUUUCCUCAGCAUCCCCUGGGGAGGACCAUCAUACAAGAAAAAAAAAAAUUUCAAGUUAGACUUCCCAGGGAAGAAGUUAACUGUAUAUUCCUGUUUGAGGGAAUCCAUGAAGUUAACAGAAAAUCUAAUUUUUUAUUUGCCUCGAAAUGUGCGUAUGGUGGAUUUGUAUGGCUUAUUCUUGUACUACCAAGAAUUGGUCAAUGGAAAAAAUAAAUUAAAAGACCAGAAAAUAUCGAACGAACUUUUUAUCGAGGUCUAUGUCAACCGAGUUAGGUGCGUAGUGGACAAACAACAGGACAAAAGUGUCGAAAAUUUUCACUAUUUUUUUAACAGGCAGUCAGACAUGCCGAGCAACGAGUUCGACAUUGAGAAGCAGGGAAAUUUGUUCAGCAUCAACAUAGAUAAAUGCAACCAAUUUUUGAAUCUUCCCAAGGUGAAAAAGAAGAAGAAGACCAUUGGGCACGUGGAGGACAUUUACAAGAUUAAUGUGAAGGGGCAGAGCAGUGGGGCCAAGGCAACAGCGGAGGCGAAAAGCGAAGGAGGUGCAAAAGACGAAGGAGGCACAACAGUCCAAGUACAAUCAGGUGUCAAAACCGAAACGACGAGGAGCAGCAACGCCACGGAUGAACGAUCUGAUCGUAGUAAGAAGAAGAAGCCCGCGUCUCUGUGGAAAUGGCACAACACGUGCAUGGUUGUAUACCUGGGCAAAAUAACCAAAGUGCUAAAAAAAAACAAAACGAUCAAUUACAACAGUAUAUACUACCUGGACAAGGAAUUAUCGAAAUGUAACAUGGAAAAGGUGAGAAGCAGAGGCAAGACGAAUUUUUCCCUAUACAGACAUUUAUGCAAUAAGAAAAAAAACGUCAUUCACAAUAUCACGAGGAGAGUCGAAAAGAGAGAAAUUUGUGUAGACAAAAAUGAAAGGACAUACAACAUUCUAAUUAAUCAAAGAAAUGUCUUCUUCCUAAAUUACUUUAUUGAUAAAAAACUGAACCAACUGAUGAGCAAAAUCCUUGGCCUUUUUUUUAAGAAUGUAAAAAAUAUUAUGGGGUUUGAAAAAGUCAGCUUUUUAAAUAAAGUAUUUAUUAACCUGGACAAUCCCAUGUUUAGGGCCUUAACGAGAAAGUUAGCAAUGGGACAGAACGUAAAAAAAUAUGAAACGUAUAUCUAUUCGGACAUGUUGAGUAAAAGUUGCGGCUUGUACGUGAUAACAGAUUAUUUUAACAUGAUUUUGAGUGAAAUUAAAAAAGUGGUGAUCAUUCUGUUUGGCAUUUAUUUGCACGACAUGAGUUUUAUGAAAUAUUUUUUUAAAUUUUACAAAGCAAAGGUACCGAUAGAAAAAUUGAGAAAUAAGGAAAGUUUUAAAAACAUCCACUAUACCAUUGUUCGACUCCUGUUCAAAUUUGUCCUCUACAUUGAUUUGUUUAAGAAUGUUCUAAGCAAUAACAUCAAGUUGGAGGAAUUUUUCAACAAAAAUAUUGUAAGUACGGGGCUGGCGGAUUUAUUGGAAUAUUUGGACAUUGCAAACAAUGACUAUGACUUUAUUAAGCAUAAAAAUAAAAAGGACUUUUCCUUUUCAUUUAAAAAUUUAAUCAAAAAAAUUAUUUCCCUUUCUGUGAACAUGGAGAUUAAUGAGAAGUUGAUACACACGGAGGAGAUUACGAAUCUGUACUUCCGAUUUUUGUUCAACGUGUAUGAGCCGAAUGUCCUCCUGCACCAACUGCAGAGUAAUCUUUACGAAGAUGAAGAAGAGGAAAACUUACAGCAAGAUCCAGUGAAGUGCUACCAGUGGCACUUGUGCCUAACCACGAUGAACUUUUUCACCAAGCAGUUUUUUUACAAUAUGAACAUAAUGUCCUUCCUGGAUUAUUUCAAUUCGCUGAUUUAUUUCUACUUCAACCAGAUGUAUGUUCUGUCCAAGUGUCACCAGAAUUAUUCUAAUUUAUUUAUUAAUCGUUUGAAUAAUUUUCUCUAUGACAAUUUUUGCGUGAAAAUUUUGUAG